AUGAGGCCUCCGCCGCCUUCGACUCCGCAGACGCCUGCGCCGAGACGAUUUCUUCCCGCCAAGAAGGAUACCAUCACAAGCGGGAAGCCCCCUUCCUCGCAGACGCCAGCGAUCCAUUCGCAGUUCCAUUCGCAGUUCCAGUUCCGGUCCACACCGAGGUUCGGGUCCUCCUCGGUGCCGCGGCCGACACAGGCGAGAGGAUAUGAUUUGGAAGAUGUGGAUGAAGUAGAAGAAGACGAAGACGAAGACGACAACGACAUCGACGACGACACUCGACGAGAUGGCGAGGUUGUGGGGAGGGAAGCAUGCGUCCUGCAGGACUCGAUUGAGGCUGCGUCGGAUGGGGUGACCUCGACGCUGGACGAUGUGACACCGAGCGAUGCGAUGCUCUCUUUCAAAGGGGUCAUGGACGAUGACAUUGAGGCCAACUCGUUCGAUCCGACCGAUGCACCGUGGUCUCCGAACUCGGACUCGGACCCAGAGCUGGAUCAAAGGACGGCCAAGAAGAGAAAGAUGCUAUCCAUCUCGCCUGCUUCAGAAUCUGGUCCGACCGAACGAAAGCGGGAGCGGGAACUGGAACGGGAAUGGGAAACCGGGUCGGACACAGACUCGGGCAUGAGGAUCGGGGGUGACGACAGAGGCUCGCAAGGGUACGACAGGGACGGGAAUUCGCCGUCAAACAGAGCAGGAGGCAGGUCCGCGCACGAGCAGCCCGUUUUUCAGACGGCACCGCGCUUCAAGCCAAGCGAGGCGGACCAGGACCUUGCCGACGGCAUACCGGCGGCCUUUUCCCCACCGCGGCGCGGCACGAGGUACCUGCCGGGCGGUCUCGCAGCUGAAUUGCAAGCCUGGCUCUCCGAGGUGAAGGGGUGGAAGGGGUUCGACGACGAUGGCGGAUACGACCGGCAGGCCUGUGACAGCAUCACCAUCGACGAGGUGCGGCCGGGACGCCGUAUGUACUUGGCCAGAGGGCGUGUCGCUCCCGAGGGGCCAGCUAGAGGGUUUAUUCUGGCCGGCGAAGGCAAGCUUACUGGGCUCGAGAGGAGAGCAAGGCUGGAGGUGGGCAACGUCGUUGCGCUUGGGCAACCUGUGUGGGAGGUUCGCUUGGAGGAAGAGGUCUGGACUGUUGCCUGUGCUUGGAACGUGGUGUCGUGA